CUCUCCCAUUCAGUUGUGAAAUAAUCCUCAAACUGCAAGGUUCAUAAUUAAGUCGGAAAUAUGUUGAAGUUGGACACCAAAGGAGGGAUCAUCUGCUCGGGCGUUUUGUCGAUAGCCUUUGCCAUUACCUAUUUGGCACUGAUGGACGAUUAUUUCUGGAGAAGCGGACUUUACGAACUAGGGAUACACAUUUCUUCUCUGCAAAUAUUAGGCAGCGUAUGCCUUCUAAUAGGAGCUUUUAAGCAAAAAUACAAAUUCUUGGUGCCUUGGAUGAUAACCACAGGAUUCUUUAUGUAUCUUAUGGUUUAUUUAGCCAUUGUAUUAUUAACCACGUCGAACCACUGGAUUUUCGUUCCGACGAUGGUGCUGCCAUUUACAGUUUAUCUUGGCUGUGCUUUAUACUCGGUGCAAAAGGCAUUCGACAGGAUGCGUAGGGACCAGCCACCAGCUUAUUCUAAUUUGUCCGACAAAAGGGAUAUAAUUAAUCAUAUAUAGGCCAAGAAAAGUACUUCAAUAAUUACAAACGAAAGUUAAUUAAUUGCUGAUAAAAUAAAUUGAAAUUAAAGGCUCAUUAAUCAUUAA